GUAAUCGAUUAAGCGCGUAACCAGUGUAAUUUACUUCGUGCUGUACGCUAAGUAGUUCACAGCUAAUUAACAAACGUUAUCAUAUGGAUAUUAUGUCGCAGUAAUUAACGUUCUGUAUUACAUGUGUAUGCAGGACUGGCGAUAUAAGUUGCGGUUCAGCUGUCAGAUGACAGUAAUAUUUGUACUGUCUUCGAAUAUACUGAUGAACUAAGUCAAACAGCCAAAUUGAUAUGCAUCAGUGCCCUUGUCUGAAACUGCAAUAGCCUGAGGCGUUGAAUAGUUCUGAUUAUGCUGCUUAUUCAGUAUUUUAUUUCGUAGGUGUUGUGUGUCAUUUUUGUUAAGAGGCAAAAAUAAGUAUUUUGCGUGUGUGCGACAAGAUAGAAUAAUUUUUGUGGAAUAGUAAAGACAGUAGCCAUACAUUGUUCACCAACGCAACAUUUCAAACGUGCAGUGACAAAAUAUGGGGAGCAGUCAGCUGUACAGUUUGUCUUGGGGAGAGUUUGGUACGUCGCUUGUAUCUGCCGUUCAGCUUCUGAGAUGCCAUGGAGAUCUUGUUGAUGUGACGCUGGCAGCUGGUGGCCGCAGUUUUCCCGCACAUAAAAUAGUCCUCAGCGCAGCAAGCCCAUUUCUUCUGGACCUUCUGAAGAGCACACCUUGUCAGCAUCCUGUGGUCAUGCUUGCUGGAGUGACAGCGCACGAUCUGGAAGCUCUGCUAGAAUUUGUGUAUCGGGGAGAGGUUAGUGUGGAUCCGAACCAGUUGCCGUCUUUGCUUCAGGCAGCUCAUUGUCUGAAUAUUCAGGGCCUGGCGCCAGGGACCUUAAAUGCAGAGACUAUGUACAGCUUGCAUAAACUUGAUGAUAUGCAUCCUUCUCCUGCAUCUCAUGAAGCUCUGUCGAGAGAUGUCAUUAACUCCUUUUUACCAAUAAGGAGGAAGAGAAAAACAAAACGAAGAGAAUCUACAGGAAAUGCCUCAAGCACAGGGUCUAGUGGCUCGAAGUGGGCCCGUCAUGAUAGCCUCUCUGCAGAUUCAGAAAAUCAGCCAGCUAAUCACCAUCAGAAUUCAUCGCAUUCAUCUCACAUACCAGAGUCUGAUGUCCUCUCUAAUCCGGAUACACGUAAGAAUGACGACGGUGAAAGCAGUAAUCAAUCAGCGGAUGAAACAGGAGUGUCGCCUGCGUCGGGAAGUGGUGGCACGAAGAUCCGAGGGGCUUCAGACCAGCCGGGCGCUUGCCCACUGUGUGGAGCACUGCUGCGCCAGGCACGCAACCUGCGACGGCACCUGCUGACGAGCUGCAAGUACCGCAUGUCGGUUGGUCCCGGAGGGGGUCCAGGUGUCGGUGUUGGGGUAGGAGCAGCCUACUCCCAGCAGCCAUCUGCCCUCGAGCCUGAAGUGCAGCUGCAGCAGCCCGCUACGUUUGCAUCACUCCUGCCCGUAGCACUGCCCCAGCCUGGCCGUCCUUCCAGCCCACUGCGACCACUGUCUCUGCAGUGAUCCAAUCUGGUAAUGGAUCCAGACUGACGAGCAAUACACAAGAACCGAUCAGGCAAGGAUUCUGCUUGAAAGGCCAUCAUAGUUUGCAGAAUUACUGCUUUUUAGCAGUCAGAUGAAUUCCACAGUUUCACC